AUGUCCUCUAAAGUUCAAUCCAAGGGGUCUGCCAUCUCCGUCUGGUUUCCCUCCAUAGACCCCAGAGCCAAGGAGCAGCAGGCCUCAGACCCAGAGACUCUGCCACCCCUGAAGGCCAGUGCUGAAGCUGUUCACUUCCUCGCCUCCCUCAGGCAGGAGGAGCUGCAGAAGCUGUUCUUCUCUGAGACGCUGGCCGUGGUCUCAGACACAGGGGAGCCUGAGGGAGAGCUGACCAUUGAGGUGAAGAGAGGGACACACGAAAGCACCUUUGGUGUCAUGUCUCAUUGCCCUCUCGUGCACGCUGUUAGCCGUGGCUUCAUGGACAAUAUGCUCUACGGAAACUCUCUCCUGGGCUAUCUUACAUGGAACUUGGAGAUCCUGGAACAACACAGUCAGGAGUUCAUCAAGUUCCACGUGCUCCCCAUGGAACGGAAGAUGAGUUUGCUGAAGGAGGAGGGUCAACUGGCCAUGACCAGAAGCGUCAAGGAGGGUGAGGAAGUGAGGGCUGAAGUGACAUUUUUCCCCUCGCACUCAACCGAGGGCUUCAUCUCCGAGGCUGCCAACCUGCUGAUGCUGAGGGUGAUGGCCUGGAGGCAGGUCGUGCCCAGUAACGCCCGCUUCCUGGCCCUGGACACGGAGGGCAAACUCUGCUAUUCCACUUAUGAAGCUCUGGGCUCCCAGACCAUGCAGGUGGGCCGUCAGCAGGUGGAAGUGUUCAUCGUGGAGCAGACUGUACAUUCGGACGAGGGAAUCCCCCUGUCCUGCCAGUACUACCUGCUGCCUGAUGGGCACCUGGCCAAGAGAGUCCAGGUGGGCUCCCCCGGCUGCUGUGUGAUCACCAAGAUGCCUGUCUUGAGGGAGCAGGAUGAGAUUGAGCCACGCCCAGUAUUUGAGAAGAAGCCCCUGGCGUGGGAGGAGGACGUGGAAUUCUACUCGAGGUUCCUGGAGCGCAAGGAGGAGCUGCGUCUCAGCCACACCAGGUACCUGCAACAGCAGCCGGAUGCCGAAGCGCUGGUCUCCGACUUCCUGCUCUUUCUCCUGCUGCGCAAGCCGUCCGACGUGAUCACCUUCGCCGCGGAGUUCUUCGGCCCCUUCUCGGCGCGCCACCCGCGCACCCCCUCCCUGCGCUCCUCCAACCGGCCCAGCCCCUUCCGCUCGCUGGACCCGAGCGCAGCUAGGCCGGGAGCGCAGCUGGCCGCAGCCCCGCCGGCGGCCCCUGGGCUGCAAGCCGGGGCUCCUGGCUGGGGCGCGGGCAGUUCGCACCCAGGAGGCGAGCUUGACCGGCUGCGGUUUUGA